UGUACAGAUUGAUAGUGUUCUGUCAAACUUACCGGAUAGCUGGCUGAAAGAAAGACUGUGACUUCAGUGCACACUACACCUGGCCAUGUGAGGGAGAGUGGCUUCUUUAUUAUUCUCAUCACAAAGAAACAAAAACCUGCGAACUCGCAAUACAUUCAACAGAAUAGGCAUCAUGAGCACGUCAAUGAGCCAUAUACAGAAAACAACCCUGUGUGUCUUCCUUGAGCAAUCAUGCUGAAGACUCGGCUGAAGAUCGAGGCGAGGGAACUGGACUUUGAAUUCGAGGUGCUCAACGUGCAGUUCAACGAGCUGGGAAAGUAUGUGCUGCGGCUGACCGUGGAGAACCCCCUGCUUGAAGACUCCGGGACUGGGGUGCAGCUGCGGGUCAACGACGGGGAAGUCCUCUACACCAGCACGGGAACCACCGACAUCAUCCAACAAAGCAGCCUGGACGAGGUGUACACCUGUCUCCGAUACAAGUUUGUCUUCACACUGCCACAAGGAUUCUGCAAAAAUGACAAAAACCACGACGUGCGCCUGAAAAUCGAGGCCUUGCGUGUUACGGACUCCCAGGUGAAGAAUGGCACCAAGGUCGGCGAGGCUUUCUUUGCCAUCUACCCACGAACCAACACUCCCCGAAUCAACCUGUACGCCCGCAAAGAUGAAGAGCUGUACCACUACAGCAACAUCAUGGCUCUGCUCCGUGUCCAAAACGACUACCUGGCCAUGCACUGCGGGCGCCUGGCCUACACUGUCUCCUUCCACGAGGCUCGGCCUCCCCAUGAAGACCCCAACACUACCUCCCGCAUGCCUUCCAUCCAGGAGGAGGGCAAGGGGGGUAGGCAGACACCGCGAGCCCCCUCUCCUGCUCCCUCCACACUCAGUGUGCCCCCUUUAAUCCCAGAGCCCACCCAACAGCAAGAGCCUGAGCCCCCUCCAUCAGAGCCCACAGCUCAGCCAGAGCCUGAGUCAGAGAGGAGGGCCUCCCCUGAGUCGAUGCUGGAGAGCCCCAGCGAGAGCCUGCCGCCCACUCCCGAUGGAGGCCUCGCAUCAUCACGGCCCCACAGACGACCCACCGAGGCCAGCCUGCACUUCCCCUCCCCCCAAAACACGCCUGGGCAGAGCCCCGAACCUCUGCCAGCCACACACGUGAUGGAGGCCCCCCCCGGAAAAAAUGAGGUGACACGUUCCCCUCUCACCAACAACUGGCACGUGUCCCGUCCCGGAAUGGAGGCAAUUACCGUCAUCCUGCAUGGAGCGACCAACCUGCCCCCACUGAGCGACGGAGCCGUGCCCCAGCCAUUCGCCACAGUCAAGAGUGGCACGGAUGAGAAGCAGAAGCAGAGUGCUCAGGGAGUGACCCACGCCACCAUGCAGCCCACGCACUCCCCAUCGUGGGAGGAGAAGGUGACGGUGGAGGUGGCUCAAGAGGACGUCAAGGAUGAAGUGGUGAUCCUGAAUGUAGCAGACAGCCGAACCAAAGAGCUACUGGCCAGUUACCGGCUCCCAAUCCACUACCUGCAGCCCUUCCACCACUAUCACAUGGAACUUGUGCAGGCCCAUAAGAGAGUGCCCGCGGGGGUGCGGCUGUACGCCACGGUGGUGCGGAAAGGCAGUGCCAUCCCUCGGCAGCCCGGAUUCUCCUUCACUGGAUUUGAGGUGCUGCUGCAGGCUCUGGAAAAGCCAUUGCUGGAACCGCUUGGUCCUCUGUUAUCAGUGGCUCGAAUUGUGCCUGAUUAUGAGUCAUACAAGAGCACCAUGCUGGUGAGGACGCCCCGUGCGGCUGGGAUCACAGUAACCACCAUCGCCUUCCCCAGCCUCCAUCUCUCCUCCUUUGAGGUGCCUCAGGUCUCCAGCCAGGGCUACCCCCAGGUCUCCCAGGCCGGGUUCCCCCAGGAGCAGCCCAGCUGGAACCACUCCUUCCUGUUCCACGGCAGAGACAGCGCCACGGUCUUCACCGGAGGGGCGGCCCUUGUGUUAGAGUACUACCCAGUCACUACAGUGAUGAACACGGUGUGCUGGCACAUCCGCAGCCCCCUGGGCUUCUCAGCACUGUCCCUCGAUGAGGACGUGUACCGCAAGCUGAUGGCAGAGAGCGGCCAGAGAGGGAUCCGUGUGGAAAAGCUGCCAGUGCAGGGCACCACUCUGAGAACCACCUCAAACACCAUCCCCAGUGUUGGCAUCAUUCUACGCCUCAUUGGCUCUGAGCGCCCGGACUCUCUCCUGGCCUCUGCCAACCCCAGCCUGCUUCCCACCCUCGACUCCAAGCCUCUGAGUGAGAACGGGGGAUCUCCGCCCCUUGUUCCCCCGCUGUCCUGGCCUUUAAAAUCCAACGAAGAGGAGGAGGGAUCCCCAGCCCCUCCUCCUACUGACUGGAGCACCCAGCCCCAGCCCCAGCAGCACCAGCACCAGCCCCAGCCCCAGCACCUACUCCAACUCGAGCUGCAGAGAGAUGGGCUCAACCUUCCCUCCUACGAUGCCCUGACGGAGAUCCUCCCCGAGUAUGAGCACCUGUUCAGGGCACCCAUCUCCACCAAGGGGGGGCAAGACCCCACAGACAGGAUCCCCCUCUCAGGCAGGACUACCCCGGCGAACAGGACCAUACGAACAGGCAGGCACCGCAUGGACAACACAAAGUUCAGGACCCCGAUCAAGACCCCCUCUCACUGUUUCACAGCCUCCGCUCUCCACACAAAAACAGGGACCCUGUCCGAGACCCUGUGUACGACAGCCAUGCUGCAGAAGUUAUCGAACAUGAAAGCAGGGAGCUGGAGAACUAUCGCACAGCCAUGCGCAAGAUGGCAGAGGACAUCAUUGCGCUGCGGAGACACGUGGGCAAUCUGGAGUCGGACAACAGCAAGCUGCGCAGUGAGCUGACCCUGCACCAGGACCUGGGGAAGACAAUGCUGGACGAUACAGACAUCGACGUCAUGACUAAGGCUGAGAUCACUGACCGCAUCGCCUCUCUGAAAUUCAAACUGGCCAGCGGGAUGGCAGAGGUGAAAACUCACAAAGAUAAAAUCCAGCAGCUUCAGAACGAGCUGAUUCGG